AUGGAAUUGGGCUAUCUUCUUAACGAUAGCGACUACGAGUCGGCUCCUAGUAGCCCUAGAACAUGGUUCGAGACGCCGCCCAGCUCAUCGUCCAAAUGUACAGCCGGCUCAGCAAUUACAACACCGGGGAGUAUUGGGGCGGACGAAUAUUGUAUCUCUCCGCUUGAUUCUUGCUUCCCCCCGGUCCAAUUUAACUCACCUCCUCGGGUUGGACGACGGCAGGCCAUCCGGUCAAAGCAGCCACAGGAUAACUCUACUUCUGGUAUCCAGCAAAGAAGGAAAGCAUUCCUGGAUCAUAUCCAGGAUGUCAUUCUUCCACUUCUGGGCGAAAGCAACGUCUUCGGUCAUCAGUCUGAGAGAGAAGUUACAGGCAAUUCUGAAGUCAGACCUUACGCACCAAUUGACUUGCAGCCAGCCGGUCUUCGAGGUACACUUAAGCUAUACCAACUGGAGGGACUGUCCUGGCUUUUGUAUCUCCGUCGCAACGGCAUCGGUGGUAUUCUCGCCGAUGACAUGGGCCUCGGCAAGACGCUGCAAACCCUUUCUUUAUUUCAGUACGUUCAAUACCAAGAGCCAGGAGAACACAAGUUCCUGGUAGUCUGCCCACUAAGCGUUUUGGAUACCUGGAUGUCCGAGAUUUCCAAGUGGACCACUGGGUUUACCCCGUUGGCGUAUCAUGGAAGUAUCGAGGAUAGGCAGAACCUACGAGAACUUUUCAGACAGCCGGAAGGCGAUCCCGUGAACAUUGUUGUUACAUCUUAUGAGACCGUCUGCAACGACUUGUUAUUCUUUCAGAAAACGACCUGGGCCUACGUGGUCCUAGAUGAAGGGCACCGCAUCAAGAAUAGCAAAGCUAAGAGAACGCAAGGAAUCUACAAGCUUCGAACAGACUAUAAGCUUGUGUUAACUGGCACGCCAAUUCAAAAUGACAUGACUGAACUCUGGUCGAUUCUGCACUGGCUCUACCCAGCGGUUUUCGUCCCUUCAACAGCGGAACUAUUUGAAGACUCGUUCUCUCUGAAAGACGGGAAGUUUGACAGCACUUUUGUUGCCAACGUUACACGUUUUUUGAAGAUUGUUAUGUUACGGAGAACCAAAACAUCUCCGGAGGUUGGCCUAGACAUUCCAACCAAGAAGGAAAUUAUCCUGUCUGUGCCACUAUCAGAAUGCCAGCUUGACUGGUAUCAUAAAAUCCUCACAGGGGUGGAAAAAUCGAUUCUCUUGGGUGAAAAGUCGGAUCAGUUGCAACACAACUCAACCUCCACACCUGCUUUGGGACACUUCAUGGACCUAACGACAGAUGAAUGGGAGCGUCCUGGAGCUGGUAAUGCCAAACGUAAAAGCCGCAUUACUACCAACACCUUGAUGGAGUUGAGAAAGUGUUCAAUCCACCCAUACCUUUUAGUGGAUGCGAUUCCUGAAGAGUGCGAAGCUGAACGACAUCUUGUUGAGACUUCGGGGAAGUUUAUCAUCCUCGAAAAGAUGAUUCAUCAGUUUGUGGUCGUCGAGCAGAAAAAAAUAAUUAUCUUUUCAGGGUUUGACCAAGCCUUGAAUCUGUGUGAAGAUGUUCUGAGUAUGGGGAAAUUUCAGACAUUCAAACAUGUCCGUCUCGAUGGCAGUACUUCCGCCCCAUGGAGGAACCUGUCGGUUUUUCUAUUCCAAAAUGACUCGCGUUACAAGGUGUUCCUUCUUUCGAUUAGAGCUGGUGGCGAGGGUUUGAACUUGAUCAGUGCAUCAACUGUCAUCUUCCUCGACGAUGACUGGAACCCGCAAGUAAUGCGGCAGGCUGAAUCUAGGGUGCAUCGAAUUGGUCAAACUGACCCAGUAAACAUAUUUCGUCUCCAUUCCAGGGGUACUGUCGAAGAUCAGAUGCGUCGGCGGCUAUCCAAAAAAGCAUACCUGGCUGAUAAGGUCAUUGAAGAUCUUGGAAACGAUAUCUAUCAUCCAAUCAACCUGGAUGAAACAGAUGAACACGAAAUUACCCUAAUGCCAAAUAGCGCAAUUGUUCCUCGGGCGUUCGGUGCGACAUAUCUGGUGAAUUUGGACCUCGAUUCUAUUAUGGAUUCCUGUGCUCUUGACGAAGUCAAUGUGCAAGAGAUGUCAUUUUCUGAAAAGAAAGCAUGGCUCGAAAGAGCCGAAACAGUGAAGACAAAUCUUUUUAACGGAGAAAAGAUCGACACCCGUUCGAAGUGCUUCUCUGUUUAUGAAGACACCAUUCUUGAAGUGCCUAGGGAGUCCCGUCGUGUGGGCAAGUCCCGGGUCGUGAUGGUGGGCGAGUGGGAGGUUUCGAAGGAGAGCAUAGUGUCAGCGACGAGCCCUACCAAAGCAGCAUUACCCAAAGCUGGGAACAAAGUGAAGAAAGAAAAUGAGACUGUUUGCUUUAUAUGCCGUCGCCGCAACCCGACCAGUUGCGAAACAUGUACGCGGUCAUUCCAUGAGCGAUGUCUUGAUCGGAUCGAUAACCUUGAUUAUCACCCAAAGGGAAAACUCAUGGUCUGCCCCCAACACUAUUGCUGUGACUGUGGGAAGACUGCUACCGAGGCAGGUAGACUACCCUUCGGUUGUCUCAAAUGCCCACGGGCAUAUUGUGAAAACUGUUUAGAUUGGAACAAUACAAGGUUCGUCGGGGCAAACCCCGAAGGGGAACGCCGGGGCUACUCGCCUCGAAACGCAUUUUUCAUCGAGUGUGGUGCCUGCGGGGCAUCCGCGAAGCGGUCUUUGGGUGCAGAGGGGGAGUUGGCAAAGCGCGCAAGGCGCCGCUGA